AUGAAUGUGAAAAUUUAUCAUUUGUUCUGGUAUUCUUUUCUUUCGAUUAAUGACCAUAUGGAUAUUUGCAAGAAUGAAUUAACUUCACCAUUCAAAAUUCCGCUCAAAGAUAAGGAAAAAAGCAAGAAUUCGCCAGCUGUUACUACCAGGUCUCCAUUGGCAGAUGCUCAUGAUAGUCGCGAAUUCUCUCAACGAGAUAUCAACGCAAUUAAAAUGCGACAGAAAAAGCGGAUCGCUGCAGAACAAGCUCAACAAGCGCGUGAUGCUAAGAAACCACGUAAACCUGUGGAUAAUCCUGUGACACAAGAUCCACUAGCUGUAGUUGAUAGAAUUUGUGGUGAAAUGGCGGCUUCACGUAUCAAACGAGAACAAAAACGGGACUCAGAAGAGCGCCAACGCCAUGUUGAUAAUGAUUCCGCUCUCAGCCGGGAAGCCCUUGAAAAACAUGCACAGGAUGAUACAAUGGCUAGAGAGUUUAUCCGUCGUGAAUCGUUAAUGGAGCGAUUACUUGGUCAUAAAAUGUUGUAUGGCAGGCUUGAAUCGUACUCGUCGAUGGGUUACAUGAAAACUGAUCCUCCUCCCGAAGCAAUUUCCACACGUAUUGACCCUGAUCCCGACUUCGCUUGCACUUCGAAACCACGUCGCGGUCCACGCACUCCACCACCUCCGGAAAAUUCACAACUUCCCUCUAAUGAUAUCACACCUCAACGUCCUAAACAGCCAAGAGGACCAAAAACUCCACCAGGAUCACCCGGUCCCCGAACUCCGCCGCCACCGCAACCUUUACAGACAUCUUCGCCUUCUGUAGGUCCCGCUAUGCAAUCGUUGUUAGCAAAUAUAGCAGCAAUGGCUGGGACAUCAGGCACUCAACUAGCGUCAACCUUAGGCGACGAUCUGAGUCGCAUUGUUGGAAAUGUUAAUACUGGCGUGUUUCUCGAGUCUUUUGUAACUGCUUUGCGCAGCGCUACGGCACAAAACGCAGUGGCUCCAAGUUUUCAAACUCCUGCGGUACAAGAAAAACCUCCUCAACCGGUGACUCCUGUUCGCGAUGUGUCGUCAAGAUCGCUUUCACGACGUGAGGUUGAUACGGACUCGGUGAAGAUGGAGCUUGUCUCGGAUUGUUCGCUCUCUCCCCUUCGUCCAGAUUCUCAAUCACGUACUCAAUCACCUUUGAAGGCUCCACCAGCUCCACCGCUUAUAGCUCCACCACCGCCUCCACCAAUUUUGCCAGCACCUUCAGCUCCUAAUGCUUCUACUCAGCCUCCUCCACCUGCACCUCCUAUGGUGUCGUUUAUUCCAAUCGGGCCUCACUCAUUACCUGUCCAGAACAUUGCUAUGCAAGCUCCGCCUCCUCUGCCACCACCGCCCUACGCAAUGCCGCCCAAUUUCGCCUCAUUACCACCACCUGUGCCGCCGUAUCCGGGUCAGGUUCCCCCAAUGGCUCCUCCUCCACACACAGCAGUUUCAUCUAUCAGUGCUUUACCAGUGUCAGCGCAAAUUCCACAGAUGAUCCCACCACCAAAUAUAAAUGCCAUGCCUAACCUGUCUAUGCCCCCACCAGGUGUUCCCGGUCAAGCAAACGUUGCACAAGUGGUUUCUGCACAUCCGUUGCCGUUUAUGACACCAUCCAGAUCGUCUGAUGUAUCUGCAACCAAAACAUCGUCUAUAGCUGGUACUCCACAAAAACCAGCACCAGAUAUGAACGUGCAGAAUUCGGAGCCUCCCAUAAUUCGCGUGACAAUUGAGGACACUACCGUCAAUCGAGGGCAGCAAGGAACACCUGCGAAAAUAGAAUCAAGACCAGCAGAUAACUGGUGCAAUAAUAAUUGUGCUAGCAAAUUUUCUGGGAACUUUGCUACCCGGGAGAGCCAGCAGCCGAACAGACCAGUCCCCGGAGCUCGUUUCGAUCCUCCCAGAAAACCGUACGCGGUUGACAAUUCGAAUAACGACAACACCCAGAAUUUCCCGGGGAACGACCACAGUGCCAACAAUCGUGGUGACAAACGUGUUGAAAUUCGUCCAGACAAUCGACCAGGACAAGACCAUCAGAAGCCUCAAAAUCCAGUGCCUCCGUCUAUGAAAGGAUCACUGGCUCCUCUACCUUCGCAGCUGACGAAGCCAAUGAAUUCUCCAGAAAUGACUGCCACAAGUCAAAGUGUGACCAACACGUUAUUGUCAGCGUUGGGUAUAGGAUCUUCUUCAUCUUCUGGUCCAUCGAAAUCUCAACCACCCUCGUUUUCGGAACAAAAUAUGAAAAAAGAGCGGAGCGGACAAUCUAGUUUCCUUUCAGGGAACUCUUUUGGUAGUGAACCCAACCGUUUAGGUCCUUUGGGUCCUGCUCCUAGGUGUCCACCCGGUCCUGGUCCUGUUAACUCUUCAGGUCCGCACCCCCGUCUCGGUUUUACUGAUUCAUUUGGGUCUUCGGGGCCAACUCGAGUUUGUAAUUCUGGUCUGCCUGGUAUUUUGGGUGGGGCUCCCUCAGGCGCCAUGGGAGGUGCAGGUAUUCAAGGCCCUUCAGCCCGCAUGGGAUCUCCAUCUUCUCCUGGUCUUCCUUUGCGGGGUCCUCUAGUUCCACAUAGUUCAAUAGCUCCCCGAGGUGUUCCCGCUAUUCCUCCCCAGUUUAGGGGUCUUCCCGGGAUUCCAGGUGCUCAUCCCUUUCGUCCUCCAAACCUUCCCAAUCGUAAUAUUCGUCAAAAUCGUCCACACCGUGGAAGUGGUGGACGCCCAUACCGACCGCGGGAAUGA